CACGACUCCACGGUUCAAGCAUCAGUCGAAGUCCUUGCUAUGGUGAGAAUGGAUAGCGCAACCAGAAGCAGACGUCAGUUCUCUGGACCGCACUUUGAAUUCAUCGCGGUCGCAGGGGACAAUGUAGCUGGAGACGCCGCCACGCGGCGACGCGUCCGCAGCCAUGCGAUGGUGGAUUAUCGACGGCGGACUGCUAAACCCAAGCGGAAGGAAAAGGCAUCUCCGUUGAAUGAAAUCGAUACGACAUCACCGUCUCCUGCGCGGGCAAUCCAGGGGAAGCAGGAGUCUCGUACAGAUGUCGAUUCACUGGUCAUUCCUUAUGGGAGGUUCUCACUGCUGGAUGCCAGCCGAUCGGACCCGUUCGGGACGUUUCCGAUCGAUUGCGAUCGUCGGACUCGACGACUUUGGGACCACAUGUACGAUGGGACUUGUUCCAUGUUUCGCACGAUGCUCGACAUCGGCUUUCUUGACGUCGUCCGUGAAACCAUCGCUCUAUCACAGCUGCUAUCGGCUUCGUCCCAACACUUGGGUCAUCUUUAUAAGGGGAGUAGCACAGACCACUUUAGGUAUAGCAUCCGAGCGACAACACUCCUCCAGCAGCGCUUGCAAGAUCCCUCGACUUGUGUAACAGACGAGGUGGUCAUCGCUGUGCUGGCCUUUUGUUGCUAUGCUAAUCUGACGCGCGAUCCAGAGCUCCUGAAUGUGCACAUGAAUGGUCUGUCUCGUAUCCUAGGAAGUCGAGGAGGUGUACAGUCUCUAGACUCUAAGCCGCUGCUGAGGACUAUGCUGUACUGGGUGGAUGUCAAUGGCGCGUAUCUUCAGGAUAGUGCUCCGCGAUAUCAACAGCCCUUCGAAAUUCUUGUCGACCGCAGCAUGCUCACCACCAGCUCAUAUCAAUUCAGCCAGUCACUGGACGACAACACUGAUGGAGACGCCUUCGUCUCAUACAUCCGCCAGAGCCUCACUGAGUUACACAUGAUCAUGCUGUCGGAAUUAACGAAGCGAGAUCUUUGGUACGAUAUCCUCUUCCCGGGAUUCCACAUCUCCCCGAUUUUGCAUGUUCUGUUGUCACAAAACCGUGCCACGGUGUACGUUAGUAUGAACGAGCGCGUGGUAGAAUGCUUUCGCCUGGCUACAGUCAUAUAUCUGACUGAGCUCCGUGGGAAAUUCGGUCUGGAUACCAUUCCAGGGCUGCUGUACGGGUCUAAGCUGCUCCUGCUCCUGCGUAAUAUGGAUUUAUCUCUCCUCUCGACGAGUCAACAGAUCUACCUUGUAUACGCUGUUGAAGGUCACGCUGCGGAUGGGAAUUACUCGCUUUGCUGA